GAAGACAACAAUUUUAAAUCCAAAACAAACAAUCAAAAAUAACCUACAAUGAAUUUUAAAGUAUUUUUGUCCAUGUUACUUAUUUUAGUUGCAUUAGCAACAGUUCAAAUUUCUGCAUCUACUCCAGCUACUAUGGCUACUCCAGCCACGGCGGCAACACCAGCUCUUGCGGCUGCUGAGGGUGCUAGGGGUCGUCUAGCUGCUGCAGCUACUCCGGCUACUGCAGCUACUCCGGCUACUGCGGCUACUCCAGCUUCUGCAAAACAGAUGGGGGUAAAGGCGAGUUAGACUACAAACCGUUGUAUAACAAGGAACUAAAGGUAACUAAAGAAGUGGAGGAUAUCAAAGAAAUGGAUUAGGAGAUUGGCAACCAAGGUGGUUACAUCGAUUGAUAUCGAAAUUAUAUAAU